CGGAAGCACUUGUGUACAUGGCUACCUGCUUGAGCGCUGCAAGCAUGAACAAUAUGCUGCAGUUCAUGAAACUUAUCGGACAGCUAAAGCGGGUUCCACGGACCGGCUGGGUGUACCGAAACGUAAGGGAACCGGAGAGCGUGUCGGACCACAUGUACCGGAUGUCCGUGAUGGCCCUGACCAUCACGGACACGAGCGUGAAUAAGGAGAGGUGUAUGAAGUUGGCCCUGGUCCAUGACAUGGCAGAGUGCAUUGUAGGAGAUAUCACCCCGGCUGAUAACAUCAGUAAAGCUGAGAAACACAGACGAGAAAAGGAGGCCAUGCACCAGCUGACUGGGCUGCUGCCGGAGGGACUAAAGAAGGAGAUCUACGAUCUCUGGGAGGAGUACGAGAGCCAGUGCACGAGUGAGGCCAAGCUGGUGAAAGAGUUUGACCUCCUAGAGAUGAUCCUACAGGCCCAUGAAUAUGAGCUUCUGGAGAAAACACCUGGCAGGCUGCAGGAGUUCUUUGACUCUACAGAAGGUCGGUUCCACCACCCUGAUGUACUCCAGCUGCUCCACAGUCUGAACCAGGAGAGGGCAGGUCAUCUGGCCACCGGCGCCCAGGGUGAAGAGCAUUCUGGACCUCCCCCACCCUCCUCCUCUUGAUCUCAGCAUUCUACUAUACGCUACACAGCUUACAUGUCACACCUGCGUGCCGAUGCUGCAUGUCUGGCCAGUCAUGUGUUGUCAGAACUUUGUAUUAUUGAAGGCAGCAUAAACAAGGCCCUGAUUGGCCAGAUGGGGAGAGUGAGUCACUGUAAACCACCAUCUACUUCCUGGUCUAUUCAAAAUGACAAUUUCAGACACGCUCUCCUCAACUGGGGUGUAGUUUGUUAGUGCAAACUUGACAAGUUAAACAGUGCAAACCUCUCCUGACCGCUUACAAACAUGCACACAUCUACCUCCAACAUAGUUAUUUUUGUACACCAGUUGUUGGACCUGUAUUUAGGUAGUAACUUGUUACUGCGUGUUUGUUGUGCCAACCCGAUGGUUGUCUACCCUGCUCUACCCUACCCUGCUGUCUCAGUUGGUGACAACUUCAUUCAGUUUGAUAAAGUAACAAUUAUUUGAAUCAACAGGAGAUAAAAGGUUGGUUU